CUUGGUUCAUCUUUCAGAACCUGCGAAAUAUUUAAAAAAUAAACAAAAAAGUAUUUUCGCUCACGUACAAUUAAAAAAUAAAGAAAAUUUUUAAGAAAAAUAUCAGGUUAAAACAGAUAUGGUUUUCACUACAUUUGUUAACUUUAUAAGAUCUAGAGGUCCCGAUGAAUUUUGGAGAAAAAGAAAAAUAUUUAAGUUGGCAGCUCAUAUGUAUGGACGAAGAAGAAAUUGUUACUCAAUAGCUAUUCGAGCUGUUCAUAAAUCUCUCCAACACGCAACACUUGGACGUAAAUUUAAGAAGAUUCAUAUGAGAGAUCUGUGGACUAGAAGAAUAACAGCCGGUGCAGAACAGCAUGGAGUAUCUUUCAUUCAAUUUAAUGAAGGUUUACAUAAAAAUAAAAUACAACUCAAUCGCAAAGUUUUGGCAGACCUCGCUGUUUGGGAACCGGCAACAUUCGAAUCACUCGCUCGGUUAGGAGAAGAACUCGACAAUUAUGGAAAUAUCAAGGAAUGAUAAACAAAUAUUGAAUAGUUUUUUAAUGAUACGAUGUAGAUUGCUUUGAGAUAAAAAAUAAACAAACUCGUGAAG